UCCAGACGCUCGUGUCCGUGCAACUGUGAACGAGCCCGAGAGGAAGAAAAACUCUGGCACGCUUGCAAACGGGGUCACGAACUAUGACCUUUCACUGGAGUAAAACAAUAACACAUAAUGUGCAAUAAACCCGAGAGCAAAAAACCUUAACGACCGUCCGUAUCACAGGUGGAGUUUUUGUUGGCAGAUGCAGAGCUGGCCUUUGUCCAAUCAGAAGCUUCUAAUGACUUCACACCACCAUGACAACUAAUGUGGAGGUGCUGGCUCAGCAGAUAUUGACCACUGAGCAGGGUUUAGAGGUACACUCAUCUGCCUCAGACAGCUCAGUGAUGAGCUCCUCUCCCCAGCGCAUUCAGAUCAUCUCCACUGACCCCUCUGUCACAACCCCUCAGAGAAUACAGAUCGUCACUGAGCAGCAGACGGGUCAAAAAAUCCAGAUCGUGACAGCACUGGACUCCACUGUGCCCAAACAGCAGUUUAUCCUGGCAGCACCUGAUGGCUCUUCAGCAGGCAAAGUCCUCCUGGCAUCACCUGAGGGUACUAGUGCCAAACAGCUGAUCUUUGCCACUGCUGAUAGCCUGGUGCCUGGCCGAAUUCAGUUUGUUACAGAUGCAGUGUCAGUGGAGAGGCUUCUGGGUAAAGGGGCAGACAUGAGCCGGGCACAGCCAAUAGAAUACUGUGUGGUGUGUGGAGAUAAAGCCUCAGGGAGGCAUUAUGGGGCAGUCAGCUGUGAAGGGUGUAAGGGCUUCUUCAAGCGAAGUGUGCGCAAGAGUCUGACGUACAGCUGCCGCAGUAACCAGGACUGUGUGGUCAACAAACACCAUCGCAACCGCUGCCAGUUCUGUCGUCUCAGGAAGUGCUUGGAGAUGGGCAUGAAGAUGGAGUCUGUACAGAGUGAGAGGAAACCCAUUGAUCUUCCUAGAGAAAAACCUGCCAACUGUGCAGCAUCCACAGAGAAAAUCUACAUCAGGAAAGACCUGCGAAGUCCCCUCAUCGCAACACCAACCUUCAUCUCUGAGAAAGACGCCUCACGGUCCAGGCUGUUGGACUCUGGGAUGCUUGUCAAUAUCCAACAACCUUUGAUACAAGCUGAUGGCACAUUACUAUUAGCAACAGACAAAGCGGAGUCAGGACAAGGUGAUCUGGGAACACUGGCUAAUGUGGUUACUUCAUUAGCCAACCUGAACGAUACGGUCAGUAACGGAGAGAUGACAGACAGUCAGCUGGAGGAAUCACCCAGUGAAAUCACACGUGCCUUUGACACGCUAGCUAAAGCUCUGAACCCCAGCGAGGCGGCGGAGGGCCAGCGCUUGUCAGAGGUGGAUGGGGUGGGUGGAGCCACAAUACAGGUGAUCAGCAGGGAUCAGAUCUCCCCGCUCAUAGAAGUCGAGGGACCUCUGCUUACAGACACACACAUCAGCUUUAAGCUGACGAUGCCAAGCCCAAUGCCUGAGUAUCUGAAUGUGCAUUACAUCUGUGAGUCUGCAUCACGCCUGCUCUUCCUCUCCAUGCACUGGGCGCGCUCUAUUCCAGCAUUCCUUGCUCUCGGGCAGGAAUGUAACACAGCUCUGGUGCGAGCAUGCUGGAAUGAGUUGUUUAUUCUGGGUCUGGCACAGUGCGCUCAGAUCAUGAGUCUGUCCACCAUCCUCGCUGCCAUCGUCAAUCAUCUGCAGUCCAGUAUCCAGGACGUAGACAAGCUAUCGAGUGAACGCAUUAAACUAGUCAUGGAGCACAUAUGGAAGCUGCAGGAGUUCUGCAACAGCAUGGCAAAGCUGCAGACAGACGGAUAUGAAUAUGCCUACUUAAAAGCCAUGGUCCUGUUCAGUCCAGAUCACCCAGGUUUGAGUAGCUGUAGCCAAAUUGAAAAGUUCCAGGAAAAAGCGCAGAUGGAGCUCCAGGACUAUGUGCAAAAGACUUAUCCCGAUGAGACCUACAGGUUGGCCCGAAUCCUGUUGCGUUUACCAGCGUUGCGGUUGAUCAGUUCCAGUAUAACUGAAGAGCUGUUUUUUACCGGCCUUAUUGGAAAUGUACCGAUUGACAGUAUCAUCCCUUAUAUCCUUAAAAUGGAGACUGCAGACUACAACAGCCAAAUCACAGGCCCCUCUGUGUGAUCGCGCUCUGAUUGAGACUGAAGUCAUGCAAGUCCCAUCAUCCCCUGCCCUCACGGGGACUCAAAUAUAUCACAAUAUAUUGAACCGACCAACAAGCUCUACCUCAAGAGGAGCUGCAGCAGUGAAAGCCUUUCAGUAUGUGACAGUUACCCUAGAAAUAUUGUGUUGUAGUUUACCGAGAAAUGCAUUAUGGGACUUUCAGUUCCAAUCACAGGACAUUUGCCUCAAAAAUCAAAGGCCUUUCUUUUUAUAAACCCUUAUUUAAAAACACGAGCACUUCAUGAUGAUUCCAAGACAAAAAUUUUACAGCCCCAAAUUCUCCUAAUAGUUUUUUUCAUUACCUUUGAGGACAAUAUCUGCAGCAAUGAUAUUUUCCAAAGGAAGACGUGAUUCUUGAUUGCAUGUAACAGUUGAUAUCAAGAAUCUCUACUCAUUCAUUUUUCUGAUAAAGCAGUUGAGUAGAAUGCAAAUUUUCUGUGUCACAUGAUCAUGUACUUAUUUUUAUUUUUUUUACCAUCACUUCUGUCAUCAUGAAAAUCAUCCUCCUUUUCAAUAUCAUAUCUUACCUUCAUACUCAUGUAUUUAUUUAAUUGAGUCUAACUCUAUAGUUCAUACAAAUGUAGAUAAUCUGAUUUGCUUGGUUUUAAAAAAAAUCAUCUGUUAUUAAAUUAUAUAAAGGCAUUUGAUCUGUAUCUUUAUAGCAUUUGACUGCUGCUGCAAUGUACUAAAUGUGUCAUUUUCAGAUGUAAUAUAUCCACAGUUGUGAUGGUUUAAUGCACUUCGAUGACUAAUUAGCUUUUUAUUUGCAGAUAUGUGCACAGAUAGAUUUUAAGUUAGUUUCUAAUGUCUCAUUUUGUCCUAAUUGUAAGAAAAGUAUUGACAUGCACUUAUUUAUGUGACCCCCCCCCCCCCCAAAAAAAGAAUAAUAUAUUUGAACUUCCAGACUAUGGUAUUGACAUUGUUUUUUAUGUCCCAACGAAUUAUAUGAUAAGCCACACACACCCACUGUUACAUGGUAAAGCAUUUUUCAUUUUCUGUUUCAGAAACACCCCCCAGAAAAUGUUUUAUAUGAUUUCAACACCGGCAGGCAGUUAUUUUAAACACAAUUGUGUAUGUAUUGUAAAGCGUAAUGUUUUUUAUUUCAGUCAGUAAAUGAUUGGUUUAUAGGUGUUGUAAUGCUAUGUUGUAAUUAUAGUCAUUUCUGUUUUCAUCUGUCUGUGAGACAAUAAGAAAGCUGUGCAUGAACUAUCCUAUAAAUUUUAUUAAAUUCUAUACUGAUGUGGAGUUUA